AUGCGCUCUCUGCUGCUGCUGGCGUUGUCAAUUUUCACACCAGGAUCGUGUGACCUCCUUCGGGACAGUGUCCAUGUGACGUCAGCAGCAGCCAGACCUAAUAAUGAGCUUUGGUGCUACAAAUGUCAUGCAGAUGUUCCAGAUGACAAAUGCGCUGACCUUCGGCAUAACAACUCCGCCCUGAUACACAAGUGUAAUAAUGAUAGGCGGGUCUGUAUGGUGAAACGCUUCUCCUACACGACGUCAACGGAAAACUCCACUACGGGUCUGAAAAUGUGGGCACUAGAACGAAAUUGUACGAAGCACUGUGAACCGGGUUGUAUAGUUAUUGGGGAACGCACGAAAUUGUAUGCCUGCACAUCUUGCUGCACAACUUCACUCUGUAACUAUGGUUCUGGAGGUAUCUCCCAUCUUCUACACGGCACUUUAUUGUUACUAUCUCUUAUGACUUUAACAAAUAUCAUUUUAGUUAGAUAA